GGGUGGAGGGGGCGUGGAUCUGGUCCGCCGUUUGUUAUUUCGUCCGUUGUAGUAGGCGAAACUUGUUGUUAUUGGUAGAAGAAUAACAAAUAUGUCAAUUGAGGCUCUCAUUGAAGCUGCGGAGUACCUUGAGCGAAGAGAAAGAGAAGCGGAACAUGGAUAUGCAUCUACUGUGCCUCUUCAGAUCGACACAUCUAGGCUGUUGAACAAGAGACAUCUCAAAACUCGGAGGGGUCUAGGCAGCAGGUCAACCCACAAUGAGCUGGAGAAAAAUAGGCGAGCGCACCUGCGGCGGUGCCUGGAGCGGCUGCGGGACCAGGUACCGCCCGGCCCCGACGCCAGCCGCCACACCACGCUUGGCCUGCUCACGCGCGCCAGGGACUACAUCCGGUCCCUGGAGGACAAGGACCGGAUGAACCACCGCUGCAAGCGGCAGCUGCGCCGGCAGCAGCGGCGGCUGGCCAGCCAGCUGCUGGACCGGCGGCGGCCGGUCGAGCCGCCGCGCCAACCCAGCAUCUCGUCUUCCGGCUACUCAGCCUCCGAGCUCUCCGAGUCGGCCGAGUCGCCCGACUCCGACGGGCUGGAGGUCAUCAACAGCGAAGCGGCCAGUGGGGCGGUCGGCGCCGCCCAUAUGACCUUCAACACGCUGGAGUUCCUCGGCAUCAGUGGCAUGCACGCACAGGCCAACUGUGAGCCAAUGCAGGCCUAGCUGCGGUCGGUCGUCACGCCCGCUGUGCAGUCAGCGGAGGCGGCCGCGCCGUCCGGUCCAGUAGCGCAAGACUUCACGCAGGCCCCCGCCUGGGGCCCGCCGCUGGCGCGCGAGAAACGAACGUCUGUCUUCGGUAGGGAUAACCAGUACAAAACUUGUCAUUGCUGUAGAGCCGG